GGGAUUUGGUCGCACGCUGACUUCCGGUGAGCCCCGAUCCGAGAGGAAAAGCCCCGAAGGAAACAAUAACAAAUGCAGGAGGAAGCGGUUUUGGGGUGCGUGUGUUGAGCGGGUCUCGCCCGAGAAGAUGAGCUUCGGCCCCUGUCAGGGGACGUGAGCGCUAUCGCCGGUCCCCAGCCAGCCCUUCUCCCCGUGGGCCCCCGGUGCCACCAUGGCGGCCGUGGGGCCGGGGGGCUACGCGGCGGAGUUCGUGCCGCCUCCGGAGUGCCCGGUCUUUGAGCCCAGCUGGGAGGAGUUCACAGACCCGCUCAGCUUCAUCGGCCGCAUCCGGCCCCUGGCGGAGAAAACCGGCAUCUGCAAAAUCCGACCGCCCAAGGAUUGGCAGCCUCCAUUUGCAUGUGAAGUAAAAAGCUUCCGUUUUACUCCCAGAGUCCAGCGUCUGAAUGAACUUGAGGCAAUGACCAGAGUGAGAUUGGACUUCUUGGAUCAACUAGCAAAAUUUUGGGAGCUUCAGGGGUCUACCCUCAAGAUCCCUGUGGUGGAGAGAAAAAUUCUGGAUCUCUAUGCUUUAAGCAAGAUUGUUGCCAGCAAAGGUGGUUUUGAAAUGGUCACCAAAGAGAAGAAAUGGUCUAAAGUGGGUAGCCGCUUGGGAUAUCUGCCAGGAAAAGGAACUGGGUCUCUUUUGAAGUCACAUUAUGAAAGAAUUCUCUACCCAUAUGAGCUUUUCCAGUCUGGUGUCAGCCUUAUGGGUGUACAAAUGCCUAAUUUAGAUCUUAAGGAAAAAGUGGAGCCUGAGGUUCUUGGCACUGAUGUCCAAACUCCCCCAGAGCCGGGCACAAGAGUGAACAUUCUGCCGAAGAGAACAAGGCGUGUCAAGUCUCAGUCAGAAUCUGGAGAAGUGAAUAGAAACACGGAACUGAAGAAACUUCGGAUUUUUGGGGCUGGGCCUAAGGUUGUGGGCCUGGCAAUGGGAGUAAAAGAUAAAGAAGAUGAGGUCUCCCGAAGACGAAAAGUUACCAACAGGUCAGACGCAUUUAACAUGCAAAUGAGACAACGGAAAGGAACUCUCUCUGUUAACUUUGUUGAUCUUUACGUUUGUAUGUUUUGUGGUCGGGGAAAUAAUGAAGAUAAAUUGCUGUUGUGUGAUGGAUGUGAUGACAGCUAUCAUACAUUUUGUUUAAUUCCCCCAUUACCUGAUGUGCCCAAAGGAGACUGGAGGUGUCCUAAAUGUGUCGCUGAGGAAUGUAAUAAACCUAGAGAAGCCUUUGGAUUUGAACAAGCUGUACGGGAGUAUACACUUCAGAGCUUUGGAGAGAUGGCAGAUAAUUUUAAGUCUGACUAUUUCAAUAUGCCAGUUCAUAUGGUUCCCACAGAACUAGUGGAGAAGGAAUUCUGGCGGCUGGUGAGCAGCAUUGAAGAAGAUGUUAUCGUAGAGUAUGGAGCUGACAUCUCCUCAAAAGACUUUGGAAGUGGAUUUCCUGUAAAGGAUGGUCGGAGAAAGAUGCUGCCAGAAGAAGAGGAAUAUGCGCUUUCUGGUUGGAACUUGAAUAACAUGCCUGUUCUAGAGCAGUCUGUUCUUGCACAUAUCAAUGUGGACAUCUCUGGCAUGAAGGUGCCAUGGCUUUAUGUGGGAAUGUGCUUCUCUUCCUUUUGCUGGCACAUCGAAGAUCACUGGAGCUAUUCCAUCAACUACUUGCACUGGGGGGAGCCAAAGACAUGGUAUGGUGUGCCAUCUCAUGCUGCAGAACAACUGGAGGAGGUGAUGAGGGAGCUGGCCCCUGAGUUAUUUGAAUCCCAGCCUGAUCUCCUACAUCAGUUAGUCACCAUCAUGAACCCCAAUGUGCUAAUGGAGCAUGGUGUGCCUGUGUAUAGGACGAAUCAGUGUGCUGGCGAGUUUGUUGUGACAUUUCCUCGGGCCUAUCACUCUGGAUUCAAUCAAGGCUACAACUUCGCUGAGGCUGUGAACUUCUGUACUGCUGACUGGUUGCCCAUUGGCCGUCAGUGUGUCAGUCAUUACCGUCGGCUGAGGCGCCAUUGUGUCUUCUCGCACGAGGAACUAAUUUUCAAGAUGGCAGCAGAUCCGGAAUGCUUGGACGUGGGGCUUGCUGCCAUGGUGUGCAAGGAGUUGACGCUCCUGACUGAAGAGGAGACACGGUUAAGGGAGUCUGUUAUGCAGAUGGGUGUCCUGAUGUCGGAAGAAGAAGUGUUUGAACUUGUUCCCGAUGAUGAGCGGCAGUGUUCAGCAUGCAGAACCACCUGCUUUCUCUCUGCUCUCACGUGUUCCUGUAAUCCUGAGCGGCUUGUGUGUCUCUACCAUCCAACUGAUCUGUGCCCCUGCCCCAUGCAGAAAAAAUGUCUUAGAUAUCGCUACCCAUUAGAGGACCUCCCUUCUCUGCUGUAUGGUGUGAAAGUCAGGGCACAGUCCUAUGACACUUGGGUCAGUCGUGUUACAGAAGCAUUAUCUGCCAACUUCAACCACAAGAAAGAUUUGAUUGAAUUACGAGUAAUGCUGGAAGAUGCUGAGGAUAGGAAAUAUCCAGAAAAUGAUCUCUUUCGAAAACUCAGGGAUGCUGUAAAAGAAGCUGAGACAUGUGCUUCUGUGGCUCAGCUGCUUCUGAGCAAGAAGCAGAAGCACAGGCAGAGCCCAGAUAGUGGGAGGACUCGGACCAAACUGACAGUGGAAGAGUUGAAGGCCUUUGUCCAACAGCUUUUUAGUCUUCCAUGUGUCAUCAGCCAAGCUCGACAAGUAAAGAAUCUACUGGAUGAUGUGGAAGAGUUUCAUGAACGUGCUCAGGAGGCCAUGAUGGAUGAAACCCCAGAUUCUUCCAAACUGCAGAUGUUGAUAGAUAUGGGCUCUGGUCUCUACGUGGAGCUACCUGAAUUAGCCCGGCUAAAGCAAGAGCUACAGCAGGCUCGAUGGUUGGACGAAGUACGACUGACCCUGUCAGAUCCACAGCAGGUCACUUUGGAUGUCAUGAAGAAAUUGAUAGACUCUGGGGUGGGGUUGGCACCCCACCACGCGGUGGAGAAAGCGAUGGCUGAGCUUCAGGAGCUCCUCACGGUCUCUGAGCGAUGGGAGGAAAAGGCCAAGGUCUGCCUGCAGGCAAGACCACGGCACAGUGUGGCAAGUUUAGAAAGCAUCGUGAAUGAAGCUAAGAAUAUUCCAGCCUUUCUACCCAAUGUGUUGUCCCUGAAAGAAGCCUUACAAAAGGCUCGAGAAUGGACAGCUAAAGUGGAAGCUAUUCAGAGUGGCAGCAAUUAUGCUUACUUGGAGCAGCUGGAAAGCUUAUCUGCUAAAGGCCGCCCUCUCCCUGUGCGUCUUGAUGCGUUGCCCCAGGUGGAGUCACAAGUGGCGGCAGCACGGGCCUGGAGAGAACGGACUGGGAGGACCUUUCUUAAGAAGAAUUCCAGCCACACAUUGCUCCAGGUGCUUAGUCCCCGAACUGACAUUGGUAUUUAUGGGAGUGGAAAAAAUAGAAGGAAAAAAGUAAAAGAACUAAUAGAAAAAGAAAAAGAAAAGGAUCUGGACCUUGAACCUCUGAGUGAUCUGGAGGAGGGAUUGGAGGAAACCAGAGAUACAGCCACAGUGGUGGCAGUUUUCAAAGAACGGGAGCAAAAAGAGAUUGAAGCCAUGCAUUCCCUCAGAGCAGCCAACCUAGCCAAGAUGACAAUGGUAGACCGCAUAGAAGAAGUAAAAUUUUGCAUUUGCCGCAAGACAGCGAGUGGGUUUAUGCUCCAGUGUGAGCUCUGCAAAGACUGGUUUCAUAACAGCUGUGUUCCUCUUCCUAAGUCAAGUUCCCAGAAGAAAGGGUCUAGCUGGCAGGCUAAAGAAGUAAAAUUCCUUUGCCCUCUCUGUAUGCGGUCUCGAAGACCUAGGCUAGAGACUAUUCUGUCCCUCCUGGUAUCCCUUCAGAAGUUGCCUGUACGGCUGCCUGAAGGAGAGGCCCUUCAGUGUUUGACAGAACGUGCAAUGAGUUGGCAGGAUAGGGCCCGGCAAGCCCUGGCCACAGAUGAGCUGUCCUCUGCCCUGGCCAAGCUCUCUGUGUUGAGCCAGCGGAUGGUGGAGCAGGCAGCUCGGGAGAAAACUGAAAAGAUCAUCAGCGCAGAGCUCCAAAAAGCCGCUGCCAAUCCAGACUUACAGGGACACUUGCCUAGUUUUCAGCAGUCUGCUUUUAACCGGGUGGUGAGCAGUGUAUCUUCUUCCCCUCGGCAAACGGUGGACUAUGACGAUGAAGAGACGGAUUCUGAUGAAGACAUUCGGGAGACGUACGGCUGUGACACGAAGGACACAGCCAGUGUGAAAUCCUCCAGCAGUCUGGAGCCCAGCCUUUUUUGUGAUGAAGAGAUUCCCAUCAAGUCCGAGGAGGUGGUCACGCACAUGUGGACGGCACCCUCCUUCUGUGCUGAGCAUGCUUAUUCGUCUGCUUCUAAGAGCUGUUCUCAAGGUUCUAACACCCCAAGGAAACAACCUCGGAAGGGCCCUCUGGUGCCCCGUAGUUUGGAGCCUCCGGUGCUAGAGUUAUCGCCUGGAGCUAAAGCCCAGCUGGAAGAACUUAUGAUGGUUGGAGAUCUCCUGGAGGUGUCUCUGGAUGAGACUCAACACAUAUGGCGGAUUUUGCAGGCCACACACCCACCCUCUGAAGACAGAUUCCUGCAUAUCAUGGAGGAUGACAGCGUGGAAGAGAAACCAUUAAAAAUGAAAGGAAAGGACUCUUCAGAGAAGAAACGGAAACGGAAGCUAGAAAAAGAACAGCUUUUUGGCGAAGGAAAGCAGAAGCCCAAGGAGCUAAAGAAAAUGGAUAAACCUAAAAAGAAGAAAUUGAAAUUAAGUGUGGAAAAAUCAAAGGAGCUGAACAAACUGGCCAAGAAACUAGCAAAAGAAGAAGAGAGGAAGAAAAAGAAGGAGAAGGCUGCUGCAGCCAGAGUUGAACUUGGGAAGGAGAGCUCGGAGAAGAGGAGAGACAAGAAGGUGCUGGACAUCCCCUCCAAGUAUGAGUGGUCAGGAGCAGAGGAGUCUGACGACGAGAACGCUGUGUGCGCCGCGCAGAACUGCCAGAGGCCCUGCAAGGACAAGGUAGACUGGGUGCAGUGUGAUGGUGGCUGUGAUGAGUGGUUUCACCAAGUUUGUGUGGGUGUAUCUCCAGAAAUGGCUGAAAAUGAAGAUUACAUCUGUACAAACUGUGCAAAGAAGCAGGGGCCAGAUAGCCCAGGUCCAGCACCACCUCCUUCUUUCAUAAUGAGCUACAAACUACCAGUGGAGGAUCUUAAAGAGACCAGUUAGCAGAUGCUGGGUUAGUUUGGGACAUGGGGGAAAACGGACCACACAGAGACCGUAGUCAGUAGAGUGGUUUACAUCCACUCAGAAUGUUGCUUCCAAAGACGAAUGGCCUUCUGAGCAAGUCCUCCCAGCCGACUUCCUCUUUGCAUGGACGUGGGAUCUGCGCUCUCUGUCAGCACAUCUGUGCCGAGGGUGUCUGCUUUAGUCCAGCAGCCAGUGUUUCAGUUCGUGUCUCCUCUGAGAUUGCUUGUCACAUUAAGGCCAGACAUUUGAGUGCUAGGGUGGCUGGUUGGCAUUAAUGCAUUGGUGUGCUGGCAGGGCAUGUAGGCUGCGGCUUCUGGCCAGUUGGUACUAGUUAGAGGUUUGCAGCCAGCACCAUCCAGAGGUGCUGAUCACUUGGAUCUCCUUAGUUAGGCCAGUGGGGGAGGAGUAGAGUAGCAGUUUCCUUCCACUCUGCCCUGGCAUUUGACGCCCUACACAUCCAGCUAGGAGAGGGCCAGGGCUGAAGUUAGUCCUGUUAGAGGCCAUGGGUAGUGGCACAGCCUGUAGACCUCAGCUCCGUGUGCUUGUUUGUACCAAGAAGAAAACCCCAGUUGAGAGGCAGAUCACCUCAUCUUCCUAAGGAGGAGGAUGGCAUCUAGUUCAGAAGUCUGACUAGAUUGGAUUCUGGGAAGAAGAGAUUUUAUUUCAAGGCAACGAGGCUUUUUUUGGCUUUGAGAAGUCUUGCUGCCUUGGGUCUGCAUUUUAAAGAAGAGCAGGUACGUGGAUCCAGGCUUCUGCGGUAGCAAAGAAGACAAGUCAGAAUGUUUUACUGAGCCACAGCGGUGCCUGCUUUUCGGGGAACCCUUCAUUCGCAAGUGCACCAGGUGCCACCAGGCUUCAGGCAUGGCCCCGAGCAAGACCAGCAAAUAACAGCUCUUGCCUUGCAGCCCGGCCCCCACUGGCUGUGGUUUCCAGGACUGGCCGUUUCUGACCGUGGCCCGCGGCACAUGCUGUCGCACAGCACGUGGCUUCAUCAGAGGACGUGGGCUUAGAGUACCUCUGGGUGACAAAGUUGUUUUAGUAAAUCCAUUUUUUAAAAAAAGAAAAAAGGACUUGUUUUUACUUUUUUCUAAAUGUCUCUGACUACUGACUGUUCUAUAAAUAGAUUAUUUUUCCUUUUUUAAUAUACAUAUAUGAAUAUAUAUAUGAAUAUAUAUAU